AUGGUGACGGUGACUUUGUUCGUCUGUGUUAACGUUGCACAGGUUUCAUCCCUCACCGUACUGGAAAGCGAACUCGUCCAUUUUAACCAGGUGGUGGUGAGAGGUGGGCACAGGAGGCUCAUGCAGUAUAUAGAUUGUGAUGGAUUGUGCAAGGUGAGGUGUAGCCUGCACUCGAGGCCAAACGUGUGCACAAGAGCAUGUGGCACUUGCUGUCGGAGGUGCAAAUGUGUUCCUCCGGGGACUUCUGGAAAUAAGGGAAAGUGUGGGAGCUGCUACACUGAUAUGAAAACCCAUGGGAACAAGCCUAAGUGCCCAUAGCUAGGCAGGCCGGCCCCAUCACCCAAAUUC